AUGGAUCAAUUCUUCACCAAACUUGUCGCCCUUCUACUCAUUCUUCUGCAGAUUGGCGCCAUCUUGGCCACACCAAUCCCAGAAGCCGCGCCAGAAGACGUCGAAACUCGACGCGAGUUGGAAAAGCGUGGCGGCGCCCGAGCUUUCUAUGGGUUCUACAACGCAGGCAAUUCGAAAAGGGACCAAGUCGCCCUACCGUACUAUUUGUAUGAGAAACGAGGAGGUGGACGCGCCUUCAACCACAACGCCAAUCUAUUCAGGUACGAGAAAAGAGGAGGAGGCCGAGCAUUCGCUGGAUCUUGGUCACCAUACUUGGAGAGAUUAUGCGACUACGAACGCUCCGGCUACCCAAUCUACUUCAGUGACAAUUCAUAUUACUGA